AUGCAGGAAAUGAUAAUAUCAACAGUUCUGCUCUUCUUCGGACUAGAAGACUUGGUGCCAGCCUCCGACAUACAUCUUACGACAAGGUGGCGAGUCCGCACACUUUCACACGAAGCAUGGGGAAUUUUGGUGGUGAGGCCUACGCUUGCUGUUGUGAUGUUAGUGUCGACACACUUCAACCUUUUCAACUCCAUGUUGGGCGAACUGAGCUGGCUGAUGGCUAUUCUUCUCUGGGGAACUUCAAAAGUCAUGUCAGCACAUUACGAAGAGAAAUAUUACGCGAAGAAAGAUCAGGAACAACAGCCAGAUAAAGGACACUCGCUAAAGUGGGAGUUCGGGCAAGUUUUACCCGUCUUGCUCCUCGCUGCUCCUCUUGUCGCAGUUAUUGGAACGUUUGCCUCACCCGAUGACUCUGGCGAAGCAAAUCAUCCGAGUCGUCGUCUAGAAUCGACGGGCUUUGGCACAGUGGGAGAUCGACGUCUCGGCCAUCAACAAUCUGAUGGAAACUCUUGGGAAUUGGCACGUUUCUCGGCACCAGAGACGAACUCGACGGCUCAAAGACGAGGUGGUAAUGUCCCAAGCCGCGCUGAAACAGACAACGCUGAGUCCAUGAUCGCUCAGAACCAAAGGAUCAGUGGUCGUAAUGUCUUUGCGAAAGACCAUUAUCGUGAGACCCUGUGGAUGUCACCCUACAUUACCUUCAGCUUUGUGACAAUCUGGGCCCAUGUCUUCUUCCUCUUCUGGUUCGCGACAGAUGCUUUCCUAGUUCCUGAUUUUUUCAGCUCCGGACCAUCGGGGAAACUUAUCAAUUCUUUGGACUACCUCUUCACAUGGUCUAGUGGGGUAUUCUACUUAGUACUUGCAGGUUAUCCGGUUGCAUGCCACUCAACAAUCCUGUUUGGACUCACAAUCGACCAAGGGACAAACGCGCGACUCACUAUCACGCGCAAUUCUAGCCGAAAGCCACUAUUUUGGCUUUGGACACUGGGUGUCUACUCGGUCUAUGCGAUUUAUACUUACCUUACGUUUGAUGUGAAGAAGCAAGAUUACGUUACGUUUGAUGUGAUGAAGCAAACUUUCAGCUUUCGCCUUGAUAAUGUAGGAAAAUUCGCAAUACUUGGACGUAUCAGCGCUGGCUUGUACGCGCUGUAUCUCUUGGGGUGCUUGGUUCAAAUGGCAACGACUUGGAAAAACUUGAGAGCAAGUGAAAGACUCUGA